AUCGAUAGGUAAAGAAACCCCAUAUCGAAGAACCUCAUAGCACGCUGUUUUGUUGACAAACUUAAAUUAAAUUAUUAAAGCGAAAUGGUGGAGCUAAAGAUGGGCGAUCACAACAUGGAGGCCACCGCCUGGGAUCCCGGCGACAGCAAGGACUGGUCGGUGCCCAUAAAGCCGCUGACGGAGAAGUGGAAAUUGGUGCCGGCAUUCUUGCAAGUGAAAGGAUUAGUGAAGCAGCACAUUGAUUCAUUCAAUCACUUCAUCAACGUGGACAUAAAAAAGAUUGUGAAGGCCAACGAGCUGGUGACCAGUGGAGCGGAUCCUUUGUUUUACCUGAAGUACUUGGAUGUGCGGGUGGGCAAGCCGGACAUCGACGAUGGCUUCAACAUCACCAAAGCGACCACGCCUCACGAAUGCCGCCUGAGGGACACCACGUACUCCGCCCCCAUCACCGUGGACAUCGAGUACACGAGGGGAACACAGCGGAUCAAGCGGAAUAAUUUGCUCAUCGGAAGGAUGCCCCUCAUGCUGCGCUGCUCCAAUUGCGCCCUUACCGGCAAGUCGGAGUUCGAGCUGUCAAAACUGAAUGAGUGUCCACUAGAUCCUGGCGGUUACUUUGUCGUGCGGGGCCAGGAGAAGGUUAUCCUCAUUCAGGAGCAGCUGUCAUGGAACAAGAUGCUUACCGAGGACUUCAACGGUGUGGUGCAAUGCCAGGUUACCUCCUCCACACACGAAAAGAAGUCACGUACUUUGGUGCUGAGCAAGCAUGGAAAGUACUACCUCAAGCACAACUCGAUGACGGACGACAUACCCAUUGUGGUGAUCUUUAAAGCUCUGGGCGUAGUCUCUGAUCAGGAAAUUCAAUCGCUUAUUGGCUUAGACAGCAAAUCGCAGAAUAGAUUUGGUGCCUCUCUUAUAGACGCCUACAACCUGAAGGUCUUCACACAGCAAAGGGCUUUGGAGUACAUGGGCUCCAAGUUGGUGGUCAAGCGUUUUCAGAGUGCCACCACAAAAACGCCCUCGGAAGAGGCCCGUGAGCUGCUGUUGACCACCAUUUUGGCGCACGUGCCCGUGGACAACUUCAACUUACAAAUGAAGGCCAUCUAUGUAUCCAUGAUGGUGCGUCGUGUGAUGGCCGCCGAGCUGGACAAAACGCUCUUUGACGACCGCGAUUACUACGGCAACAAGCGUCUGGAGCUGGCAGGUUCCUUGCUCUCCAUGAUGUUCGAGGAUCUGUUCAAGCGCAUGAACUGGGAGCUUAAGACCAUUGCGGACAAAAAUAUACCCAAGGUGAAGGCGGCGCAGUUCGAUGUGGUAAAGCACAUGAGGGCGGCACAGAUCACCGCGGGAUUGGAGUCUGCUAUCAGUUCCGGCAACUGGACCAUCAAGCGAUUUAAGAUGGAAAGAGCUGGCGUAACGCAGGUUCUGUCCCGCUUGAGUUAUAUAUCAGCGUUGGGAAUGAUGACCCGUGUGAACUCGCAGUUUGAGAAGACGCGUAAGGUGUCGGGACCCAGAUCUCUGCAGCCCAGUCAAUGGGGUAUGCUGUGUCCCUCGGACACUCCAGAAGGUGAGGCCUGUGGUCUGGUCAAAAAUCUGGCUCUGAUGACGCACAUCACCACCGAAGUGGAGGAGCGACCCGUUAUGAUAGUGGCUUUCAAUGCUGGCGUGGAAGACAUACGAGAAGUGAGCGGCAACCCCAUCAAUAAUCCGAAUGUAUUCCUCGUCUUUAUCAAUGGUAAUGUCCUGGGUCUUACCUUGAACCACAAGCACCUGGUGCGGAACCUUCGCUACAUGCGCAGAAAGGGUCGGAUGGGCAGCUACGUGUCUGUGCACACAUCAUACACCCAGCGAUGCAUCUACAUCCACACGGAUGGCGGUCGUCUGUGCCGCCCCUAUGUAAUUGUGGAGAACCGUCGUCCGUUGGUGAAGCAGCAUCACCUGGACGAGCUGAACCGAGGGAUCCGCAAGUUCGACGACUUUCUUUUGGACGGACUAAUCGAGUAUUUAGAUGUGAACGAGGAGAACGAUUCGUUUAUCGCCUGGAACGAGGAUCAAAUAGAGGACCGGACUACACACUUGGAAAUCGAACCCUUCACUUUGCUUGGAGUCUGUGCAGGAUUGGUACCCUAUCCUCAUCACAACCAGAGUCCCAGGAACACAUACCAGUGUGCUAUGGGUAAGCAGGCGAUGGGCAUGAUUGGCUAUAACCAGAAGAACAGGAUUGACUCGCUGAUGUACAAUCUGGUGUAUCCCCAUGCUCCUAUGGUGAAAUCCAAGACUAUUGAGCUUACCAACUUUGAUAAGCUGCCUGCCGGUCAGAAUGCCACUGUGGCAGUUAUGAGUUACUCUGGCUACGAUAUAGAAGAUGCGCUGAUCUUAAACAAGGCGUCAAUAGAUCGGGGAUAUGGACGCUGUCUGGUGUACAAAAACUCAAAGUGCACUGUGAAACGGUAUGCGAAUCAGACCUUCGACAGAAUCAUGGGUCCCAUGAAAGAUGCGCUAACGAACAAGGUUAUCUUCAAGCACGACGUUCUGGACACUGACGGAAUUGUGGCUCCAGGCGAGCAGGUUCAAAACAAACAGAUUAUGAUUAACAAGGAGAUGCCCGCAGUGACAUCGAUGAAUCCGCUGCAGGGUCAGUCUGCACAGGUUCCCUACACCGCAGUGCCCAUUAGCUAUAAGGGUCCCGAGCCCAGUUACAUCGAACGCGUGAUGGUUUCCGCCAAUGCCGAGGAAGACUUUCUAAUCAAGAUCCUGCUGCGCCAGACACGUAUACCCGAGAUAGGGGACAAGUUCAGCUCUCGACACGGACAAAAAGGAGUGACUGGCUUGAUUGUUGAACAGGAGGAUAUGCCCUUUAAUGACUUUGGCAUCUGCCCGGAUAUGAUCAUGAACCCCCACGGAUUCCCCUCCCGUAUGACAGUGGGUAAAACCCUAGAGCUGCUCGGCGGGAAGGCUGGUCUCCUGGAGGGUAAGUUCCACUAUGGAACUGCGUUCGGAGGCUCCAAGGUGGAAGACAUUCAGGCGGAGCUGGAGCGCCACGGUUUCAACUACGUGGGCAAGGACUUUUUCUACUCCGGCAUCACAGGAUCACCACUGGAGGCCUACAUCUACUCGGGACCCGUGUACUACCAGAAACUGAAGCACAUGGUGCAGGAUAAGAUGCAUGCCCGCGCCCGAGGACCUAAGGCUGUGCUCACCCGUCAGCCGACGCAGGGCAGGAGUCGCGAGGGUGGCCUUCGUCUGGGUGAAAUGGAGCGUGAUUGCCUCAUUUCUUACGGAGCCAGUAUGCUGAUCAUGGAGCGUCUGAUGAUCUCAUCGGAUGCCUUUGAGGUGGAUGUUUGCCGGACUUGCGGCAGGAUGGCCUACUGCUCCUGGUGUCAUUUCUGCCAGUCGUCGGCCAAUGUCUCUAAGAUAUCCAUGCCGUAUGCCUGCAAACUGCUCUUCCAGGAGUUGACCAGCAUGAAUGUGGUGCCGAAAAUGAUUUUGGAAAACUAUUAACGAUGCAGAGGUCUGAAACGGAAUAAAAUAAUUGUUAUAUAAUAAUAAU